AUGCCGCGCCGCCGCGACCCUCUCGACGACGUCCAGGUCGAGCUCGAGCCGUUUCACGACGACACCAGCUCUGCCUCGUCCUCGCCCACGUUCCCCUCCGACCACCCCGACUCUCCUCUCCUCGAACAACCAGCCUCCACGCAGCCGCCCUCGUCGUCGUCGUCCUCGAUACCCAAAUGGCUCUCGCCACCACCCUACGCCUCCCGCCGCGGCGCCACCCGUCACCUCCUCCACCUCGCGCACAUUCUCCGUCCGCGCCGCUCCUGGCGGUACCUCGUCUUCCACCUCGUCGCCCUCUACGCCCUCGUCUGCGUCCUGCGCGGCGAGCCCUUCUUCGCCUCCAACCUCCCGCGCCGCCACGCCGGGCCGUACGACGUCGGCACCGUCGACGUCGAGGUGCCCCUCAUCGAGCCCCGGCGCCUCUCCGAGACGGCCCUGCGCGCCUCCGGCCAGCCCGCCUACGUGCUCGAGUCGGUCCUCUUUAGCAUCUACUACCCCGUCGCGCACGGCGCCCGCGCCGCCGCCCCGCCGCACCUCUGGAUCCCGCGGCCCGUCUCCCUCACCGCCGCCGGCUUCGCGCGCCUCGCCCGCGCCGACUACUUCUUCGUCCGGCCCGUCUUCACCCUGCUCCUCUGGGCCGUCGCCGGCCGCAUCGAGAUCCCCGCCAAGGUCGACGCGCCGCUGCUGCAGAUGACGGGCAACGACACGAGCUUCCCGCUCGUCGUCUUCUCGCACGGCAUGGCCUCGUCCCGCACCGACUACACGGCCUACCUCGGCGGGCUCGCCGCGCGCGGCCACGUCGUCGCCGCCCUCGAGCACCGCGACGGCAGCUGCCCCGGCACCCGCGUCCGCGUCAGGGGCAAGCCCGACCGCGACGUGCUGCACUUUGACGCCCGCCACGUCCUCGCCACGCCGCCCAUGGACGCGCCCACCAUGAAGCGCGAGCAGCUCGCCUUCCGCGAGGCCGAGAUCCGCGAGGCCAUCAAGACCCUCGGCGCCAUCAACGACGGCCACGGCCGCCAGGUCUACGACCAAAACUCCCGCGGCGAGGGCACCACCCUCCAGGAGUGGACCGGCCGCCUCGACUUCUCCCGCCUCGCCAUCGCCGGCCACUCCUACGGCGCCACCGGCGCGCUGCAGGCCCUCCGGCCCAGCACCUCCACCGGAUCCUCCGAGUCCGACCAGCCCGCCCAGCCCGCCGGCGCCGCCGGCGUCAUCCUCGACCCAGGCAAGGGCAGCGGCCAGCUCAACGCCGACGUCGCCGUGCCGCUGCUCGUCGUGCAGUCCGAGUCGUGGUCGCGCCGCCCGAGCCUCUUCUUCGGCCGCCCGCACUUUGACACGGUCCGCGACCUCGUCGCCGACGUCCUCAACCGCACCGCCGCCGCCUGGUUCCUCACCGCCCGCGGCACCGCCCACCCCUCCGUCACCGACGCGCCCCUCAUAGAGCCCCUGCUGCUCAGCGCCGUCACCGGCGCGCGGUGGGGCGUCCGCGCCGCCGUCGCCCAGUACGUCAACGCCACCGUCGAGUUCCUCGACGCCGUGCGCACCCACGAGCCCAGGAACCUCCUCGCCGAGCACGUCACGCACGAGGAGUACGGCACCUGGGUGAGCGAGGACCGCAAGGAGGCGUUUCCGGAUGAGCUGGCCCAUCUGUGGGAGAUUCAUGUUGCGCCUUGA